AUGACCCCUGAACUUAUCAAAAAGGCCUUCACCGCCACCGGCAUCUGUCCACCUGAUCCGACGCCUGUACUCAAAAAAUUCAAGCCAGCCACCCCUGAGGUGUCCAGUUCGGAUGAGGACUCAACUUCACCCCUCAGCGAGCUCCUCCGCAAUGAGAUAAAGGGUCUCACAGAGGAGCUGUGUAGGAGAGGUGAAAGGCAAAAAAGCUACCCCUUGAAACGCCGAGAACAUCUAGAUACUCCUCAUGGAGGAGCUGUUUUCUGGUCGCCAAGGAAGCUUCGGCAGGCCCGGGAGCAAUGGGCUGAAAAACAACAAAAAAGAGACCAGGAGAAACUCCAAAAAACUCGGAUAUCUGAGUUGAGAGAGCAGGCAAGGCUGUACAAGUUGAAAGUAACUCAGGAGAAGCGAGCUGCACGAGAGGCAGCCAAGGAGGUAAGGAUGAAGGAGAAGGCUGAGAAGGAGGCCGAACGCGCCCGCAAAAAACUCAACAACAACACCAAAAAACCUAUCCGACAGUCCCAAAACGGUAAGCGCAAGGCAUCAAAAGUUAAUAACAAUCGCAAUAAGGGUCAAAAACGCGUUGUAGAUAGUGUUGUUGAUGAGGGAGAGGCCUCAGGAGCUGCACCGGCCUCACCGCCGAGAGUGACCCGGCACGGCCGGAACAUCAAACUUCCGGCCAAAUAUAAGUAG